AUGUUAGAUAGUAAAAAAAAAAAAAAAAUUAGUCAUACGUUGAUUUUGGUCGUAGCAUUAUGGUCACAGGACAAUGAUGACUUGUUGGACACUCAUGGUUUCGGUGAACAUCUCAACGGCAUUGAAACGCCAAAUUUAUCGAAGCCGAAAAAUCAUAAGUCGUUGGCGGACAUUGAUGAGGAAUUUGAGGAACGGUCGGUUGUAUUGCACCCCUUUUUUGAUCAACCGAAAAGAGACAUCUACGAACAAGUUCAAUUUAUAAAACAUCACGAUGACUCGCCUGCAUUUGAUAGUCCGUUAACGGAUAAAAGUGUAUCUCAUCAUGAUACGGGAAUUAGUCUGACUAGGGAAUAUUCUGAUACUUUAACUAGUUCAGGACUAAAAACAAAACCUAAACAUACAGAUACAGCUUUUGAUGAAGAAGCAGAGCUGACUGAUAAUGGAUUAAGUCCAAUUCAACCUGAUGAAGUCGGGCUUUCUGCAAAUGAAAUAAAAGAAAUAAAGAAGAAAAUUGGAAUGUAUGACGCCGGAAAUAGCCCAAUAAUAUUUAUGGAAUCUAUAGCAUUAUCUCCUUUCGGGACAGUGACAAGUGAUGUUGCUACUAUUACUGAUAAUGUGAAAAAAAUUGAUGUAGCUAACAGUCCAAUAGAAUCAAACAAAGUUCAAAGAAAUAUGGACACAACAGUAGACGUAAAAAAAAUGAUAAUGCAACUGGAGAAAUCUGGAGCAGGAACUGAAAACCUGACGUCCCAACAAUCACCGAAAAGAAAACCAUCAGUAAAACCGUUUAUAUCGGAAAUAGAACUUCUAGAGGAACAUCAAACUAUAAAUGUUGAUAUCGAAAAAAAACAUAAGCAAUAUGGUACAAAUACAAUGAAUAUACAAUCGAAACUAGACGAAGUAAUUAAAACAGAAAAAUGCGUCUUGGAUCAUUUAGAAAAGGUUGUAGAUAUGUCGUCGAAUAAUAAUUCAGAGCUAGAAAGUAAACUAUUGCAAAUUGUUAACAUCGAAACAAGCAUGUUGCAGAGCUUUGACAAAAUAAUUGACAAACACGAUAAAAGUGUUAAAGAUUCGUGUUUAAAAAAUUUAGAAAAAAAUAUAAUAGCUGAGAAAGCUGAUGAAAAUUUAAAAAAAAUAGACACGACAGAUACAUUACAACAAUCACCUAAGAAUUGUACUGAAGAUAAAAUUGAAAAAAAAUAUAUAGACACGGGGUAUAGAAAAGAAGAAAGUAUUAUGGAACCAAUUAGAGUCACAGGUAUUUCUAAGGAAUUAAAGAAAUUAAUAGAUGAUGAUGAGAUAGAACAAGAAAGAAUGUAUAGAGUAUUACUGAAUGAAACUAAUACAAACGAUGAAAAAUAUAGCAACAAAACGCCUGUAGUGGAAGAAAUCAUAACUCCUAAACGUGUAAAACCAAUUACCAAAAAAGAUGAUGCCAUAGGUUAUUCACAAAAUACUGAACUCUACAAUAUAACCACAAAUAUCAUAGGUUCAAUAUCACCAAUAAAACAAAAAAUAAACAAUAAUAUUAAAACAACAAAAGACGAAGAAGACGAAUCAGAUAUUUUUGAAAAAUUUACUCGGGAGCAUUUAAAAAAGUCUUUAGACCUAUCGCAAACUAACGUUGAAAAAGAAGAUAAUGAUAGUAAAGAUGAUCCAAAAGAUAUAGAUUUUGAUAUUGAAGAUGACGAAGAAAAUGAAACAAACAGCGCUAAAAAAGAUAAAUCAUUAUCUUUUAUCCCUAAAACAAUAGAAAAAGGAUUAAAAGAUAUAACGAUGACACUAACGAGUAUUGUGAAAAAAAUGGAUGUAAAUGAUAUGUCAGGAAAGAAAAAUGAGAAUGAAGGAGGUGAUAGAGCAACUGAAAUAAUAAAUGAAAGUGCAAAGGAGUCAUUAAUAAAGAAAAAUAUUAAAAAUGAGAGUAUAGAACAAUGUAAGUAUAAUACAGAAAAAGACACUAAAAAGGAACUUGUGGAUAAUUUUGAAAAGGGCACAAAAAAUAGAGAACGAUUUAAGAUAAACACAGAUAAAAAUCAAAAUAAUAAACCGGUAACUAAUAACGCGGACAAUGAAAUACAUAAAAACAUACUAACAACAGAAAAAACAAACGUAGAUAAAACUAAUGAUAGUACGAAUAUAGAUAUUAAACAAACUGUAGCAACUUCUUCAAUAGAAAUUAAAACAUUACCAACCAAAGUAAAUUCAAUAAUAACAAAUUUAACAAUAAAGUCAGAAGUAAAACCAAUUAUAACGGAAACCCCGAAAAUAAUUUUACAAAAAGAUGAUUCAAUUAUCAAUAUUGUAGAAAAACAGAUAAUAGGUGACCAAAAAAAUACUGAAAACGAAAUUGAUACAAUAAAUAUAACUACAACGUCCUACGAAUCGUACGAAAAAACUGAGACACAAACAAAAACAUUCAUACUAAAGACAAAUAAAGAACAUAAGGAGACAAAAACCACAGACAUUUAUUGCACAACGCAUACAGAAGAUAAACUAACAAAAGAUCAAACAAUCCAAUUUGAAAACAUGAAAAAAAAAGAUGGAAAAGAAAGUCUUAAACAACAAAAGGACCAUUUUGAGAACAAACCAGAAACAUUAACAAAACAAAAAAAUGAACUUCAUUCAGAGACUACCAACCUGUCAGAUAAAAACGUAAAAGAACAAUCAGAAGUGGAAAAUAAGAAAGCUAAACAAUACAUCGAAGGUAUUGAAACCGAUAAAGUACAUUUUGAUGAAACAGCAUCCAUCGAUAAGGAACAUAUAGAAGAUGAAUCGACCACAGUUAAAGAAUUUAUAUCCAAACAAGUAACAUCCAAAUACUCAAAUGAACACGAAAACGACGUAUUAAAAACUACCAAACCACAAACACAACAAACAACAACUGAAACUGCUAUGAUAUUAAAAACAAAAAACAAAGUAAUAUUUGAAAACCAGAAAAACGACAACCCAACACAAAAAAAUGGUGAAAAAUCAGACAUAAUUGUAACUGAUAUUAAAAAUAAAAUAAAACAAUUUAUAAUAUCUGAAAAAGAAAGCGCUGAAAUUAUUAAACACGAAAUAGAUACUGACGAACUAAUUGGUAAUAAAACUAUUUUAUCUAAAAGUGACUCUAAAGAAUCAACUAAAUCAGAUAACAGUGAUAAAGAUUUACCUACUGUUCUAAAAGAUGAUACAAAAUCGGAUAAAAAAAUAUCUGAAAAAUAUAAUUUCAUCACAAGUGAUACGAAAGAUGAUACCAACAAACUUAUAACAACACAAACUGAAAGUAAGGAAACAGUCACACAUGAAACAAUAACAGAAAAACAUUUAGGGGAAAAAACUGAUCUAAUUAAAUCUGACUCACCAGAAUCAGUUAAAUCAACGAUAAAUGACAAAGUAGGAAUUACCAAACAUGUUAUAGCUACUGACAAACCAACGAGUGAUAAAACAGUUGUAACUAAAUCUGACUCUAAAGAAUCAAUUAAAUCAAUAAUUAGUGAUAAAGACAAACAUGAAAUUACUACAUUUGAAAAACAUUCUGAUAAACCAACGAGUGAUAAGACAAGCUUACCUAAAUCCGAUUCUUUGGAAUCCGUAAAAUCCGAUAAAAACGAUAAAGAAUUAUCCGCUGUUAUAAAAGACGGUACAAAAAUAGACAAAAUAAUAAGUGAAAAAUCUGAUUCCGUCAUUGGUGAUACUCAAAAACUAUUAGCAACACAAAUCGAAAGUAAGGAAACUGUCUCACGUGAAACAAUAACAGGAAAACAUACGGGGGAUAAAACUGAUUUAAUUAAAUCUGACUCAUUAAAAUCAAUAAUAUCCGAUAAAAGUGAAAAUGAUACAGACAAACCAAGUAGUGAUAAAACGUUUUUAACCAAAUCGGUCUCAAAAGAAUCCGUAAAAUCCGAUAAAAGUGAUAAAGAUUCAUCCAAAAUGGAUAAAAUUCUAACUGAAACAACUGAUUCUAUCGUUGAAAAAAAUUUAGGGGAAAAAACUGAUCUAAUUAAAUCUGACUCGACAGAAUCAGUUAAAUCAACGAUAAGUGACAAAGUAGGAAUUACCAAACAUGUUAUAGCUACUGACAAACCAACGAGAGAUAAAACAGUUGUAACUAAAUCUGACUCUAAUGAAUCAAUUAAAUCAAUAAUUAGUGAUAAAGACAAACAUGAAAUUACUACAUUCGAAAAACAUGCUGAUAAACCAACGAGUGAUAAGACAAGCUUAUCUAAAUCCGAUUCUUUGGAAUCCGUAAAAUCCGAUAAAAACGAUAAAGAAUUAUCCGCUGUUAUAAAAGACGGUACAAAAAUAGACAAAAUAAUAAGUGAAAAAUCUGAUUCCGUCAUUGGUGAUACUCAAAAACUUUUAGCAACACAAAUCGAAAGUAAGGAAACUGUCUCACAUGAAACAAUAACAGGAAAACAUACGGGGGAUAAAACUGAUUUAAUUAAAUCUGACUCAUUAGAAUCAAUAAUAUCCGUUAAAAGUGAAAAUGAUACAGACAAACCAAGUAGUGAUAAAACGUGUUUAACCAAAUCGGUCUCAAAAGAAUCCGUAAAAUCCGAUAAAAGUGAUAAAGAUUCAUCCAAAAUGGAUAAAAUUCUAACUGAAACAACUGAUUCUAUCGUUGAAAAACAUUUAGGGGAAAAAACUGAUCUAAUUAAAUCUGACUCGAUAGAAUCAGUUAAAUCAACGAUAAGUGACAAAGUAGGAAUUACCAAACAUGUUAUAGCUACUGACAAACCAACGAGUGAUAAAACAGUUGUAACUAAAUCUGACUCUAAAGAAUCAAUUAAAUCAAUAAUUAGUGAUAAAGACAAACAUGAAAUUACUACAUUCGAAAAAGAUGCUGAUAAACCAACGAGUGAUAAGACAAGCUUAUCUAAAUCCGAUUCUUUGGAAUCCGUAAAAUCCGAUAAAAACGAUAAAGAAUUAUCCGCUGUUAUAAAAGACGGUACAAAAAUAGACAAAAUAAUAAGUGAAAAAUCUGAUUCCGUCAUUGGUGAUACUCAAAAACUUUUAGCAACACAAAUCGAAAGUAAGGAAACUGUCUCACAUGAAACAAUAACAGGAAAACAUACGGGGGAUAAAACUGAUUUAAUUAAAUCUGACUCAUUAGAAUCAAUAAUAUCCGAUAAAAGUGAAAAUGAUACAGACAAACCAAGUAGUGAUAAAACGUGUUUAACCAAAUCGGUCUCAAAAGAAUCCGUAAAAUCCGAUAAAAGUGAUAAAGAUUCAUCCAAGAUGGAUAAAAUUCUAACUGAAACAACUGAUUCUAUCGUUGAAAAACAUUUAGGGGAAAAAACUGAUCUAAUUAAAUCUGACUCGACAGAAUCAGUUAAAUCAACGAUAAGUGACAAAGUAGGAAUUACCAAACAUGUUAUAGCUACUGACAAACCAACGAGUGAUAAAACAGUUGUAACUAAAUCUGACUCUAAUGAAUCAAUUAAAUCAAUAAUUAGUGAUAAAGACAAACAUGAAAUUACUACAUUCGAAAAACAUGCUGAUAAACCAACGAGUGAUAAGACAAGCUUAUCUAAAUCCGAUUCUUUGGAAUCCGUAAAAUCCGAUAAAAACGAUAAAGAAUUAUCCGCUGUUAUAAAAGACGGUACAAAAAUAGACAAAAUAAUAAGUGAAAAAUCUGAUUCCGUCAUUGGUGAUACUCAAAAACUUUUAGCAACACAAAUCGAAAGUAAGGAAACUGUCUCACAUGAAACAAUAACAGGAAAACAUACGGGGGAUAAAACUGAUUUAAUUAAUUCUGACUCAUUAGAAUCAAUAAUAUCCGAUAAAAGUGAAAAUGAUACAGACAAACCAAGUAGUGAUAAAACGUGUUUAACCAAAUCGGUCUCAAAAGAAUCCGUAAAAUCCGAUAAAAGUGAUAAAGAUUCAUCCAAAAUGGAUAAAAUUCUAACUGAAACAACUGAUUCUAUCGUUGAAAAAUAUUUAGGGGAAAAAACUGAUCUAAUUAAAUCUGACUCGACAGAAUCAGUUAAAUCAACGAUAAGUGACAAAGUAGGAAUUACCAAACAUGUUAUAGCUACUGACAAACCAACGAGUGAUAAAACAGUUGUAACUAAAUCUGACUCUAAAGAAUCAAUUAAAUCAAUAAUUAGUGAUAAAGACAAACAUGAAAUUACUACAUUCGAAAAACAUACUGAUAAACCAACGAGUGAUAAGACAAGCUUAUCUAAAUCCGAUUCUUUGGAAUCCGUAAAAUCCGAUAAAAACGAUAAAGAAUUAUCCGCUGUUAUAAAAGACGGUACAAAAAUAGACAAAAUAAUAAGUGAAAAAUCUGAUUCCGUCAUUGGUGAUACUCAAAAACUUUUAGCAACACAAAUCGAAAGUAAGGAAACUGUCUCACAUGAAACAAUAACAGGAAAACAUACGGGGGAUAAAACUGAUUUAAUUAAAUCUGACUCAUUAGAAUCAAUAAUAUCCGAUAAAAGUGAAAAUGAUACAGACAAACCAAGUAGUGAUAAAACGUGUUUAACCAAAUCGGUCUCAAAAGAAUCCGUAAAAUCCGAUAAAAGUGAUAAAGAUUCAUCCAAGAUGGAUAAAAUUCUAACUGAAACAACUGAUUCUAUCGUUGAAAAACAUUUAGGGGAAAAAACUGAUCUAAUUAAAUCUGACUCGACAGAAUCAGUUAAAUCAACGAUAAGUGACAAAGUAGGAAUUACCAAACAUGUUAUAGCUACUGACAAACCAACGAGUGAUAAAACAGUUGUAACUAAAUCUGACUCUAAAGAAUCAAUUAAAUCAAUAAUUAGUGAUAAAGACAAACAUGAAAUUACUACAUUCGAAAAACAUACUGAUAAACCAACGAGUGAUAAGACAAGCUUAUCUAAAUCCGAUUCUUUGGAAUCCGUAAAAUCCGAUAAAAACGAUAAAGAAUUAUCCGCUGUUAUAAAAGACGGUACAAAAAUAGACAAAAUAAUAAUUGAAAAAUCUGAUUCCGUCAUUGGUGAUACUCAAAAACUUUUAGCAACACAAAUCGAAAGUAAGGAAACUGUCUCACAUGAAACAAUAACAGGAAAACAUACGGGGGAUAAAACUGAUUUAAUUAAAUCUGACUCAUUAGAAUCAAUAAUAUCCGAUAAAAGUGAAAAUGAUACAGACAAACCAAGUAGUGAUAAAACGUGUUUAACCAAAUCGGUCUCAAAAGAAUCCGUAAAAUCAGAUAAAAGUGAUAAAGAUUCAACCAAAAUGGAUAAAAUUCUAACUGAAACAACUGAUUCUAUCGUUGAAAAACAUUUAGGGGAAAAAACUGAUCUAAUUAAAUCUGACUCGACAGAAUCAGUUAAAUCAACGAUAAGUGACAAAGUAGGAAUUACCAAACAUGUUAUAGCUACUGACAAACCAACGAGUGAUAAAACAGUUGUAACUAAAUCUGACUCUAAAGAAUCAAUUAAAUCAAUAAUUAGUGAUAAAGACAAACAUGAAAUUACUACAUUCGAAAAACAUACUGAUAAACCAACGAGUGAUAAGACAAGCUUAUCUAAAUCCGAUUCUUUGGAAUCCGUAAAAUCCGAUAAAAACGAUAAAGAAUUAUCCGCUGUUAUAAAAGACGGUACAAAAAUAGACAAAAUAAUAAGUGAAAAAUCUGAUUCCGUCAUUGGUGAUACUCAAAAACUUUUAGCAACACAAAUCGAAAGUAAGGAAACUGUCUCACAUGAAACAAUAACAGGAAAACAUACGGGGGAUAAAACUGAUUUAAUUAAAUCUGACUCAUUAGAAUCAAUAAUAUCCGAUAAAAGUGAAAAUGAUACAGACAAACCAAGUAGUGAUAAAACGUGUUUAACCAAAUCGGUCUCAAAAGAAUCCGUAAAAUCCGAUAAAAGUGAUAAAGAUUCAUCCAAGAUGGAUAAAAUUCUAACUGAAACAACUGAUUCUAUCGUUGAAAAACAUUUAGGGGAAAAAACUGAUCUAAUUAAAUCUGACUCGACAGAAUCAGUUAAAUCAACGAUAAGUGACAAAGUAGGAAUUACCAAACAUGUUAUAGCUACUGACAAACCAACGAGUGAUAAAACAGUUGUAACUAAAUCUGACUCUAAUGAAUCAAUUAAAUCAAUAAUUAGUGAUAAAGACAAACAUGAAAUUACUACAUUCGAAAAACAUACUGAUAAACCAACGAGUGAUAAGACAAGCUUAUCUAAAUCCGAUUCUUUGGAAUCCGUAAAAUCCGAUAAAAACGAUAAAGAAUUAUCCGCUGUUAUAAAAGACGGUACAAAAAUAGACAAAAUAAUAAGUGAAAAAUCUGAUUCCGUCAUUGGUGAUACUCAAAAACUUUUAGCAACACAAAUCGAAAGUAAGGAAACUGUCUCACAUGAAACAAUAACAGGAAAACAUACAGGGGAUAAAACUGAUUUAAUUAAAUCUGACUCAUUAGAAUCAAUAAUAUCCGAUAAAAGUGAAAAUGAUACAGACAAACCAAGUAGUGAUAAAACGUGUUUAACCAAAUCGGUCUCAAAAGAAUCCGUAAAAUCUGAUAAAAGUGAUAAUAAUUCAUCCAAAAUGGAUAAAAUUCUAACUGAAACAACUGAUUCCCUCGUUAAUGUUACUAAAAAACUUAUAACAACACAUACCGAAAGUAAGGAAACUGUCACACAUGAAACAAUAACAGAAAAACAUUUAGGGGAAAAAACUGAUCUAAUUAAAUCUGACUCGACAGAAUCAGUUAAAUCAACGAUAAGUGACAAAGUAGGAAUUACCAAACAUGUUAUAGCUACUGACAAACCAACGAGUGAUAAAACAGUUGUAACUAAAUCUGACUCUAAAGAAUCAAUUAAAUCAAUAAUUAGUGAUAAAGACAAACAUGAAAUUACUACAUUCGAAAAACAUACUGAUAAACCAACGAGUGAUAAGACAAGCUUAUCUAAAUCCGAUUCUUUGGAAUCCGUAAAAUCCGAUAAAAACGAUAAAGAAUUAUCCGCUGUUAUAAAAGACGGUACAAAAAUAGACAAAAUAAUAAGUGAAAAAUCUGAUUCCGUCAUUGGUGAUACUCAAAAACUUUUAGCAACACAAAUCGAAAGUAAGGAAACUGUCUCACAUGAAACAAUAACAGGAAAACAUACGGGGGAUAAAACUGAUUUAAUUAAAUCUGACUCAUUAGAAUCAAUAAUAUCCGAUAAAAGUGAAAAUGAUACAGACAAACCAAGUAGUGAUAAAACGUGUUUAACCAAAUCGGUCUCAAAAGAAUCCGUAAAAUCCGAUAAAAGUGAUAAAGAUUCAACCAAAAUGGAUAAAAUUCUAACUGAAACAACUGAUUCUAUCGUUGAAAAACAUUUAGGGGAAAAAACUGAUCUAAUUAAAUCUGACUCGACAGAAUCAGUUAAAUCAACGAUAAGUGACAAAGUAGGAAUUACCAAACAUGUUAUAGCUACUGACAAACCAACGAGUGAUAAAACAGUUGUAACUAAAUCUGACUCUAAAGAAUCAAUUAAAUCAAUAAUAAGUGAUAAAGACAAACAUGAAAUUACUACAUUCGAAAAACAUACUGACAAACCAACGAGUGAUAAAACAGUUGUAACUAAAUCUGACUCUAAUGAAUCAAUUAAAUCAAUAAUUAGUGAUAAAGACAAACAUGAAAUUACUACAUUCGAAAAACAUACUGAUAAACCAACGAGUGAUAAGACAAGCUUAUCUAAAUCCGAUUCUUUGGAAUCCGUAAAAUCCGAUAAAAACGAUAAAGAAUUAUCCGCUGUUAUAAAAGACAGUACAAAAAUAGACAAAAUAAUAAGUGAAAAAUCUGAUUCAUUCAUUGGUGAUACUCAAAAACUUUUAGCAACACAAAUCGAAAGUAAGGAAACUGUCUCACAUGAAACAAUAACAGGAAAACAUACGGGGGAUAAAACUGAUUUAAUUAAAUCUGACUCAUUAGAAUCAAUAAUAUCCGAUAAAAGUGAAAAUGAUACAGACAAACCAAGUAGUGAUAAAACGUGUUUAACCAAAUCGGUCUCAAAAGAAUCCGUAAAAUCCGAUAAAAGUGAUAAAGAUUCAUCCAAAAUGGAUAAAAUUCUAACUGAAACAACUGAUUCUAUCGUUGAAAAAUAUUUAGGGGAAAAAACUGAUCUAAUUAAAUCUGACUCGACAGAAUCAGUUAAAUCAACGAUAAGUGACAAAGUAGGAAUUACCAAACAUGUUAUAGCUACUGACAAACCAACGAGUGAUAAAACAGUUGUAACUAAAUCUGACUCUAAAGAAUCAAUUAAAUCAAUAAUUAGUGAUAAAGACAAACAUGAAAUUACUACAUUCGAAAAACAUACUGAUAAACCAACGAGUGAUAAGACAAGCUUAUCUAAAUCCGAUUCUUUGGAAUCCGUAAAAUCCGAUAAAAACGAUAAAGAAUUAUCCGCUGUUAUAAAAGACGGUACAAAAAUAGACAAAAUAAUAAUUGAAAAAUCUGAUUCCGUCAUUGGUGAUACUCAAAAACUUUUAGCAACACAAAUCGAAAGUAAGGAAACUGUCUCACAUGAAACAAUAACAGGAAAACAUACGGGGGAUAAAACUGAUUUAAUUAAAUCUGACUCAUUAGAAUCAAUAAUAUCCGAUAAAAGUGAAAAUGAUACAGACAAACCAAGUAGUGAUAAAACGUGUUUAACCAAAUCGGUCUCAAAAGAAUCCGUAAAAUCAGAUAAAAGUGAUAAAGAUUCAACCAAAAUGGAUAAAAUUCUAACUGAAACAACUGAUUCUAUCGUUGAAAAACAUUUAGGGGAAAAAACUGAUCUAAUUAAAUCUGACUCGACAGAAUCAGUUAAAUCAACGAUAAGUGACAAAGUAGGAAUUACCAAACAUGUUAUAGCUACUGACAAACCAACGAGUGAUAAAACAGUUGUAACUAAAUCUGACUCUAAAGAAUCAAUUAAAUCAAUAAUUAGUGAUAAAGACAAACAUGAAAUUACUACAUUCGAAAAACAUACUGAUAAACCAACGAGUGAUAAGACAAGCUUAUCUAAAUCCGAUUCUUUGGAAUCCGUAAAAUCCGAUAAAAACGAUAAAGAAUUAUCCGCUGUUAUAAAAGACAGUACAAAAAUAGACAAAAUAAUAAGUGAAAAAUCUGAUUCAUUCAUUGGUGUUAAUCAAAAACUUUUAGCAACACAAAUCGAAAGUAAGGAAACUGUCUCACAUGAAACAAUAACAGGAAAACAUACGGGGGAUAAAACUGAUUUAAUUAAAUCUGACUCAUUAGAAUCAAUAAUAUCCGAUAAAAGUGAAAAUGAUACAGACAAACCAAGUAGUGAUAAAACGUGUUUAACCAAAUUGGUCUCAAAAGAAUCCGUAAAAUCCGAUAAAAGUGAUAAAGAUUCAUCCAAAAUGGAUAAAAUUCUAACUGAAACAACCGAUUCUAUCGUUGAAAAACAUUUAGGGGAAAAAACUGAUCUAAUUAAAUCUGACUCGACAGAAUCAGUUAAAUCAACGAUAAGUGACAAAGUAGGAAUUACCAAACAUGUUAUAGCUACUGACAAACCAACGAGUGAUAGAACAGUUGUAACUAAAUCUGACUCUAAUGAAUCAAUUAAAUCAAUAAUUAGUGAUAAAGACAAACAUGAAAUUACUACAUUCGAAAAACAUACUGAUAAACCAACGAGUGAUAAGACAAGCUUAUCUAAAUCCGAUUCUUUGGAAUCCGUAAAAUCCGAUAAAAACGAUAAAGAAUUAUCCGCUGUUAUAAAAGACGGUACAAAAAUAGACAAAAUAAUAAGUGAAAAAUCUGAUUCCGUCAUUGGUGAUACUCAAAAACUUUUAGCAACACAAAUCGAAAGUAAGGAAACUGUCUCACAUGAAACAAUAACAGGAAAACAUACAGGGGAUAAAACUGAUUUAAUUAAAUCUGACUCAUUAGAAUCAAUAAUAUCCGAUAAAAGUGAAAAUGAUACAGACAAACCAAGUAGUGAUAAAACGUGUUUAACCAAAUCGGUCUCAAAAGAAUCCGUAAAAUCCGAUAAAAGUGAUAAAGAUUCAACCAAAAUGGAUAAAAUUCUAACUGAAACAACUGAUUCUAUCGUUGAAAAACAUUUAGGGGAAAAAACUGAUCUAAUUAAAUCUGACUCGACAGAAUCAGUUAAAUCAACGAUAAGUGACAAAGUAGGAAUUACCAAACAUGUUAUAGCUACUGACAAACCAACGAGUGAUAAAACAGUUGUAACUAAAUCUGACUCUAAAGAAUCAAUUAAAUCAAUAAUAAGUGAUAAAGACAAACAUGAAAUUACUACAUUCGAAAAACAUACUGACAAACCAACGAGUGAUAAAACAGUUGUAACUAAAUCUGACUCUAAUGAAUCAAUUAAAUCAAUAAUUAGUGAUAAAGACAAACAUGAAAUUACUACAUUCGAAAAACAUACUGAUAAACCAACGAGUGAUAAGACAAGCUUAUCUAAAUCCGAUUCUUUGGAAUCCGUAAAAUCCGAUAAAAACGAUAAAGAAUUAUCCGCUGUUAUAAAAGACAGUACAAAAAUAGACAAAAUAAUAAGUGAAAAAUCUGAUUCAUUCAUUGGUGAUACUCAAAAACUUUUAGCAACACAAAUCGAAAGUAAGGAAACUGUCUCACAUGAAACAAUAACAGGAAAACAUACGGGGGAUAAAACUGAUUUAAUUAAAUCUGACUCAUUAGAAUCAAUAAUAUCCGAUAAAAGUGAAAAUGAUACAGACAAACCAAGUAGUGAUAAAACGUGUUUAACCAAAUCGGUCUCAAAAGAAUCCGUAAAAUCCGAUAAAAGUGAUAAAGAUUCAUCCAAAAUGGAUAAAAUUCUAACUGAAACAACUGAUUCUAUCGUUGAAAAAUAUUUAGGGGAAAAAACUGAUCUAAUUAAAUCUGACUCGACAGAAUCAGUUAAAUCAACGAUAAGUGACAAAGUAGGAAUUACCAAACAUGUUAUAGCUACUGACAAACCAACGAGUGAUAAAACAGUUGUAACUAAAUCUGACUCUAAAGAAUCAAUUAAAUCAAUAAUUAGUGAUAAAGACAAACAUGAAAUUACUACAUUCGAAAAACAUACUGAUAAACCAACGAGUGAUAAGACAAGCUUAUCUAAAUCCGAUUCUUUGGAAUCCGUAAAAUCCGAUAAAAACGAUAAAGAAUUAUCCGCUGUUAUAAAAGACGGUACAAAAAUAGACAAAAUAAUAAGUGAAAAAUCUGAUUCCGUCAUUGGUGAUACUCAAAAACUUUUAGCAACACAAAUCGAAAGUAAGGAAACUGUCUCACAUGAAACAAUAACAGGAAAACAUACAGGGGAUAAAACUGAUUUAAUUAAAUCUGACUCAUUAGAAUCAAUAAUAUCCGAUAAAAGUGAAAAUGAUACAGACAAACCAAGUAGUGAUAAAACGUGUUUAACCAAAUCGGUCUCAAAAGAAUCCGUAAAAUCUGAUAAAAGUGAUAAUAAUUCAUCCAAAAUGGAUAAAAUUCUAACUGAAACAACUGAUUCCCUCGUUAAUGUUACUAAAAAACUUAUAACAACACAUACCGAAAGUAAGGAAACUGUCACACAUGAAACAAUAACAGAAAAACAUUUAGGGGAAAAAACUGAUCUAAUUAAAUCUGACUCGACAGAAUCAGUUAAAUCAACGAUAAGUGACAAAGUAGGAAUUACCAAACAUGUUAUAGCUACUGACAAACCAACGAGUGAUAAAACAGUUGUAACUAAAUCUGACUCUAAAGAAUCAAUUAAAUCAAUAAUUAGUGAUAAAGACAAACAUGAAAUUACUACAUUCGAAAAACAUACUGAUAAACCAACGAGUGAUAAGACAAGCUUAUCUAAAUCCGAUUCUUUGGAAUCCGUAAAAUCCGAUAAAAACGAUAAAGAAUUAUCCGCUGUUAUAAAAGACGGUACAAAAAUAGACAAAAUAAUAAUUGAAAAAUCUGAUUCCGUCAUUGGUGAUACUCAAAAACUUUUAGCAACACAAAUCGAAAGUAAGGAAACUGUCUCACAUGAAACAAUAACAGGAAAACAUACGGGGGAUAAAACUGAUUUAAUUAAAUCUGACUCAUUAGAAUCAAUAAUAUCCGAUAAAAGUGAAAAUGAUACAGACAAACCAAGUAGUGAUAAAACGUGUUUAACCAAAUCGGUCUCAAAAGAAUCCGUAAAAUCAGAUAAAAGUGAUAAAGAUUCAACCAAAAUGGAUAAAAUUCUAACUGAAACAACUGAUUCUAUCGUUGAAAAACAUUUAGGGGAAAAAACUGAUCUAAUUAAAUCUGACUCGACAGAAUCAGUUAAAUCAACGAUAAGUGACAAAGUAGGAAUUACCAAACAUGUUAUAGCUACUGACAAACCAACGAGUGAUAAAACAGUUGUAACUAAAUCUGACUCUAAAGAAUCAAUUAAAUCAAUGAUUAGUGAUAAAGACAAACAUGAAAUUACUACAUUCGAAAAACAUACUGAUAAACCAACGAGUGAUAAGACAAGCUUAUCUAAAUCCGAUUCUUUGGAAUCCGUAAAAUCCGAUAAAAACGAUAAAGAAUUAUCCGCUGUUAUAAAAGACAGUACAAAAAUAGACAAAAUAAUAAGUGAAAAAUCUGAUUCAUUCAUUGGUGUUAAUCAAAAACUUUUAGCAACACAAAUCGAAAGUAAGGAAACUGUCUCACAUGAAACAAUAACAGGAAAACAUACGGGGGAUAAAACUGAUUUAAUUAAAUCUGACUCAUUAGAAUCAAUAAUAUCCGAUAAAAGUGAAAAUGAUACAGACAAACCAAGUAGUGAUAAAACGUGUUUAACCAAAUUGGUCUCAAAAGAAUCCGUAAAAUCCGAUAAAAGUGAUAAAGAUUCAUCCAAAAUGGAUAAAAUUCUAACUGAAACAACCGAUUCUAUCGUUGAAAAACAUUUAGGGGAAAAAACUGAUCUAAUUAAAUCUGACUCGACAGAAUCAGUUAAAUCAACGAUAAGUGACAAAGUAGGAAUUACCAAACAUGUUAUAGCUACUGACAAACCAACGAGUGAUAGAACAGUUGUAACUAAAUCUGACUCUAAUGAAUCAAUUAAAUCAAUAAUUAGUGAUAAAGACAAACAUGAAAUUACUACAUUCGAAAAACAUACUGAUAAACCAACGAGUGAUAAGACAAGCUUAUCUAAAUCCGAUUCUUUGGAAUCCGUAAAAUCCGAUAAAAACGAUAAAGAAUUAUCCGCUGUUAUAAAAGACGGUACAAAAAUAGACAAAAUAAUAAGUGAAAAAUCUGAUUCCGUCAUUGGUGAUACUCAAAAACUUUUAGCAACACAAAUCGAAAGUAAGGAAACUGUCUCACAUGAAACAAUAACAGGAAAACAUACAGGGGAUAAAACUGAUUUAAUUAAAUCUGACUCAUUAGAAUCAAUAAUAUCCGAUAAAAGUGAAAAUGAUACAGACAAACCAAGUAGUGAUAAAACGUGUUUAACCAAAUCGGUCUCAAAAGAAUCCGUAAAAUCCGAUAAAAGUGAUAAAGAUUCAACCAAAAUGGAUAAAAUUCUAACUGAAACAACUGAUUCUAUCGUUGAAAAACAUUUAGGGGAAAAAACUGAUCUAAUUAAAUCUGACUCGACAGAAUCAGUUAAAUCAACGAUAAGUGACAAAGUAGGAAUUACCAAACAUGUUAUAGCUACUGACAAACCAACGAGUGAUAAAACAGUUGUAACUAAAUCUGACUCUAAAGAAUCAAUUAAAUCAAUAAUAAGUGAUAAAGACAAACAUGAAAUUACUACAUUCGAAAAACAUACUGACAAACCAACGAGUGAUAAAACAGUUGUAACUAAAUCUGACUCUAAUGAAUCAAUUAAAUCAAUAAUUAGUGAUAAAGACAAACAUGAAAUUACUACAUUCGAAAAACAUACUGAUAAACCAACGAGUGAUAAGACAAGCUUAUCUAAAUCCGAUUCUUUGGAAUCCGUAAAAUCCGAUAAAAACGAUAAAGAAUUAUCCGCUGUUAUAAAAGACAGUACAAAAAUAGACAAAAUAAUAAGUGAAAAAUCUGAUUCAUUCAUUGGUGAUACUCAAAAACUUUUAGCAACACAAAUCGAAAGUAAGGAAACUGUCUCACAUGAAACAAUAACAGGAAAACAUACGGGGGAUAAAACUGAUUUAAUUAAAUCUGACUCAUUAGAAUCAAUAAUAUCCGAUAAAAGUGAAAAUGAUACAGACAAACCAAGUAGUGAUAAAACGUGUUUAACCAAAUCGGUCUCAAAAGAAUCCGUAAAAUCCGAUAAAAGUGAUAAAGAUUCAUCCAAAAUGGAUAAAAUUCUAACUGAAACAACUGAUUCUAUCGUUGAAAAAUAUUUAGGGGAAAAAACUGAUCUAAUUAAAUCUGACUCGACAGAAUCAGUUAAAUCAACGAUAAGUGACAAAGUAGGAAUUACCAAACAUGUUAUAGCUACUGACAAACCAACGAGUGAUAAAACAGUUGUAACUAAAUCUGACUCUAAAGAAUCAAUUAAAUCAAUAAUUAGUGAUAAAGACAAACAUGAAAUUACUACAUUCGAAAAACAUACUGAUAAACCAACGAGUGAUAAGACAAGCUUAUCUAAAUCCGAUUCUUUGGAAUCCGUAAAAUCCGAUAAAAACGAUAAAGAAUUAUCCGCUGUUAUAAAAGACGGUACAAAAAUAGACAAAAUAAUAAGUGAAAAAUCUGAUUCCGUCAUUGGUGAUACUCAAAAACUUUUAGCAACACAAAUCGAAAGUAAGGAAACUGUCUCACAUGAAACAAUAACAGGAAAACAUACAGGGGAUAAAACUGAUUUAAUUAAAUCUGACUCAUUAGAAUCAAUAAUAUCCGAUAAAAGUGAAAAUGAUACAGACAAACCAAGUAGUGAUAAAACGUGUUUAACCAAAUCGGUCUCAAAAGAAUCCGUAAAAUCUGAUAAAAGUGAUAAUAAUUCAUCCAAAAUGGAUAAAAUUCUAACUGAAACAACUGAUUCCCUCGUUAAUGUUACUAAAAAACUUAUAACAACACAUACCGAAAGUAAGGAAACUGUCACACAUGAAACAAUAACAGAAAAACAUUUAGGGGAAAAAACUGAUCUAAUUAAAUCUGACUCGACAGAAUCAGUUAAAUCAACGAUAAGUGACAAAGUAGGAAUUACCAAACAUGUUAUAGCUACUGACAAACCAACGAGUGAUAAAACAGUUGUAACUAAAUCUGACUCUAAAGAAUCAAUUAAAUCAAUAAUUAGUGAUAAAGACAAACAUGAAAUUACUACAUUCGAAAAACAUACUGAUAAACCAACGAGUGAUAAGACAAGCUUAUCUAAAUCCGAUUCUUUGGAAUCCGUAAAAUCCGAUAAAAACGAUAAAGAAUUAUCCGCUGUUAUAAAAGACGGUACAAAAAUAGACAAAAUAAUAAUUGAAAAAUCUGAUUCCGUCAUUGGUGAUACUCAAAAACUUUUAGCAACACAAAUCGAAAGUAAGGAAACUGUCUCACAUGAAACAAUAACAGGAAAACAUACGGGGGAUAAAACUGAUUUAAUUAAAUCUGACUCAUUAGAAUCAAUAAUAUCCGAUAAAAGUGAAAAUGAUACAGACAAACCAAGUAGUGAUAAAACGUGUUUAACCAAAUCGGUCUCAAAAGAAUCCGUAAAAUCAGAUAAAAGUGAUAAAGAUUCAACCAAAAUGGAUAAAAUUCUAACUGAAACAACUGAUUCUAUCGUUGAAAAACAUUUAGGGGAAAAAACUGAUCUAAUUAAAUCUGACUCGACAGAAUCAGUUAAAUCAACGAUAAGUGACAAAGUAGGAAUUACCAAACAUGUUAUAGCUACUGACAAACCAACGAGUGAUAAAACAGUUGUAACUAAAUCUGACUCUAAAGAAUCAAUUAAAUCAAUGAUUAGUGAUAAAGACAAACAUGAAAUUACUACAUUCGAAAAACAUACUGAUAAACCAACGAGUGAUAAGACAAGCUUAUCUAAAUCCGAUUCUUUGGAAUCCGUAAAAUCCGAUAAAAACGAUAAAGAAUUAUCCGCUGUUAUAAAAGACAGUACAAAAAUAGACAAAAUAAUAAGUGAAAAAUCUGAUUCAUUCAUUGGUGUUAAUCAAAAACUUUUAGCAACACAAAUCGAAAGUAAGGAAACUGUCUCACAUGAAACAAUAACAGGAAAACAUACGGGGGAUAAAACUGAUUUAAUUAAAUCUGACUCAUUAGAAUCAAUAAUAUCCGAUAAAAGUGAAAAUGAUACAGACAAACCAAGUAGUGAUAAAACGUGUUUAACCAAAUUGGUCUCAAUAGAAUCCGUAAAAUCCGAUAAAAGUGAUAAAGAUUCAUCCAAAAUGGAUAAAAUUCUAACUGAAACAACCGAUUCUAUCGUUGAAAAACAUUUAGGGGAAAAAACUGAUCUAAUUAAAUCUGACUCGACAGAAUCAGUUAAAUCAACGAUAAGUGACAAAGUAGGAAUUACCAAACAUGUUAUAGCUACUGACAAACCAACGAGUGAUAGAACAGUUGUAACUAAAUCUGACUCUAAUGAAUCAAUUAAAUCAAUAAUUAGUGAUAAAGACAAACAUGAAAUUACUACAUUCGAAAAACAUACUGAUAAACCAACGAGUGAUAAGACAAGCUUAUCUAAAUCCGAUUCUUUGGAAUCCGUAAAAUCCGAUAAAAACGAUAAAGAAUUAUCCGCUGUUAUAAAAGACGGUACAAAAAUAGACAAAAUAAUAAGUGAAAAAUCUGAUUCCGUCAUUGGUGAUACUCAAAAACUUUUAGCAACACAAAUCGAAAGUAAGGAAACUGUCUCACAUGAAACAAUAACAGGAAAACAUACAGGGGAUAAAACUGAUUUAAUUAAAUCUGACUCAUUAGAAUCAAUAAUAUCCGAUAAAAGUGAAAAUGAUACAGACAAACCAAGUAGUGAUAAAACGUGUUUAACCAAAUCGGUCUCAAAAGAAUCCGUAAAAUCUGAUAAAAGUGAUAAUAAUUCAUCCAAAAUGGAUAAAAUUCUAACUGAAACAACUGAUUCCCUCGUUAAUGUUACUAACAAACUUAUAACAACACAUACCGAAAGUAAGGAAACUGUCACACAUGAAACAAUAACAGAAAAACAUUUAGGGGAAAAAACUGAUCUAAUUAAAUCUGACUCGACAGAAUCAGUUAAAUCAACGAUAAGUGACAAAGUAGGAAUUACCAAACAUGUUAUAGCUACUGACAAACCAACGAGUGAUAAAACAGUUGUAACUAAAUCUGACUCUAAAGAAUCAAUUAAAUCAAUAAUUAGUGAUAAAGACAAACAUGAAAUUACUACAUUCGAAAAACAUACUGAUAAACCAACGAGUGAUAAGACAAGCUUAUCUAAAUCCGAUUCUUUGGAAUCCGUAAAAUCCGAUAAAAACGAUAAAGAAUUAUCCGCUGUUAUAAAAGACGGUACAAAAAUAGACAAAAUAAUAAGUGAAAAAUCUGAUUCCGUCAUUGGUGAUACUCAAAAACUUUUAGCAACACAAAUCGAAAGUAAGGAAACUGUCUCACAUGAAACAAUAACAGGAAAACAUACGGGGGAUAAAACUGAUUUAAUUAAAUCUGACUCAUUAGAAUCAAUAAUAUCCGAUAAAAGUGAAAAUGAUACAGACAAACCAAGUAGUGAUAAAACGUGUUUAACCAAAUCGGUCUCAAAAGAAUCCGUAAAAUCCGAUAAAAGUGAUAAAGAUUCAACCAAAAUGGAUAAAAUUCUAACUGAAACAACUGAUUCUAUCGUUGAAAAACAUUUAGGGGAAAAAACUGAUCUAAUUAAAUCUGACUCGACAGAAUCAGUUAAAUCAACGAUAAGUGACAAAGUAGGAAUUACCAAACAUGUUAUAGCUACUGACAAACCAACGAGUGAUAAAACAGUUGUAACUAAAUCUGACUCUAAAGAAUCAAUUAAAUCAAUAAUAAGUGAUAAAGACAAACAUGAAAUUACUACAUUCGAAAAACAUACUGACAAACCAACGAGUGAUAAAACAGUUGUAACUAAAUCUGACUCUAAUGAAUCAAUUAAAUCAAUAAUUAGUGAUAAAGACAAACAUGAAAUUACUACAUUCGAAAAACAUACUGAUAAACCAACGAGUGAUAAGACAAGCUUAUCUAAAUCCGAUUCUUUGGAAUCCGUAAAAUCCGAUAAAAACGAUAAAGAAUUAUCCGCUGUUAUAAAAGACAGUACAAAAAUAGACAAAAUAAUAAGUGAAAAAUCUGAUUCAUUCAUUGGUGAUACUCAAAAACUUUUAGCAACACAAAUCGAAAGUAAGGAAACUGUCUCACAUGAAACAAUAACAGGAAAACAUACGGGGGAUAAAACUGAUUUAAUUAAAUCUGACUCAUUAGAAUCAAUAAUAUCCGAUAAAAGUGAAAAUGAUACAGACAAACCAAGUAGUGAUAAAACGUGUUUAACCAAAUCGGUCUCAAAAGAAUCCGUAAAAUCCGAUAAAAGUGAUAAAGAUUCAUCCAAAAUGGAUAAAAUUCUAACUGAAACAACUGAUUCUAUCGUUGAAAAAUAUUUAGGGGAAAAAACUGAUCUAAUUAAAUCUGACUCGACAGAAUCAGUUAAAUCAACGAUAAGUGACAAAGUAGGAAUUACCAAACAUGUUAUAGCUACUGACAAACCAACGAGUGAUAGAACAGUUGUAACUAAAUCUGACUCUAAUGAAUCAAUUAAAUCAAUAAUUAGUGAUAAAGACAAACAUGAAAUUACUACAUUCGAAAAACAUACUGAUAAACCAACGAGUGAUAAGACAAGCUUAUCUAAAUCCGAUUCUUUGGAAUCCGUAAAAUCCGAUAAAAACGAUAAAGAAUUAUCCGCUGUUAUAAAAGACGGUACAAAAAUAGACAAAAUAAUAAGUGAAAAAUCUGAUUCCGUCAUUUGUGAUACUCAAAAACUUUUAGCAACACAAAUCGAAAGUAAGGAAACUGUCUCACAUGAAACAAUAACAGGAAAACAUACAGGGGAUAAAACUGAUUUAAUUAAAUCUGACUCAUUAGAAUCAAUAAUAUCCGAUAAAAGUGAAAAUGAUACAGACAAACCAAGUAGUGAUAAAACGUGUUUAACCAAAUCGGUCUCAAAAGAAUCCGUAAAAUCCGAUAAAAGUGAUAAAGAUUCAUCCAAAAUGGAUAAAAUUCUAACUGAAACAACUGAUUCUAUCGUUGAAAAAUAUUUAGGGGAAAAAACUGAUCUAAUUAAAUCUGACUCGACAGAAUCAGUUAAAUCAACGAUAAGUGACAAAGUAGGAAUUACCAAACAUGUUAUAGCUACUGACAAACCAACGAGUGAUAAAACAGUUGUAACUAAAUCUGACUCUAAAGAAUCAAUUAAAUCAAUAAUUAGUGAUAAAGACAAACAUGAAAUUACUACAUUCGAAAAACAUACUGAUAAACCAACGAGUGAUAAGACAAGCUUAUCUAAAUCCGAUUCUUUGGAAUCCGUAAAAUCCGAUAAAAACGAUAAAGAAUUAUCCGCUGUUAUAAAAGACGGUACAAAAAUAGACAAAAUAAUAAGUGAAAAAUCUGAUUCCGUCAUUGGUGAUACUCAAAAACUUUUAGCAACACAAAUCGAAAGUAAGGAAACUGUCUCACAUGAAACAAUAACAGGAAAACAUACGGGGGAUAAAACUGAUUUAAUUAAAUCUGACUCAUUAGAAUCAAUAAUAUCCGAUAAAAGUGAAAAUGAUACAGACAAACCAAGUAGUGAUAAAACGUGUUUAACCAAAUCGGUCUCAAAAGAAUCCGUAAAAUCCGAUAAAAGUGAUAAAGAUUCAUCCAAAAUGGAUAAAAUUCUAACUGAAACAACUGAUUCUAUCGUUGAAAAAUAUUUAGGGGAAAAAACUGAUCUAAUUAAAUCUGACUCGACAGAAUCAGUUAAAUCAACGAUAAGUGACAAAGUAGGAAUUACCAAACAUGUUAUAGCUACUGACAAACCAACGAGUGAUAGAACAGUUGUAACUAAAUCUGACUCUAAUGAAUCAAUUAAAUCAAUAAUUAGUGAUAAAGACAAACAUGAAAUUACUACAUUCGAAAAACAUACUGAUAAACCAACGAGUGAUAAGACAAGCUUAUCUAAAUCCGAUUCUUUGGAAUCCGUAAAAUCCGAUAAAAACGAUAAAGAAUUAUCCGCUGUUAUAAAAGACGGUACAAAAAUAGACAAAAUAAUAGGUGAAAAAUCUGAUUCCGUCAUUUGUGAUACUCAAAAACUUUUAGCAACACAAAUCGAAAGUAAGGAAACUGUCUCACAUGAAACAAUAACAGGAAAACAUACAGGGGAUAAAACUGAUUUAAUUAAAUCUGACUCAUUAGAAUCAAUAAUAUCCGAUAAAAGUGAAAAUGAUACAGACAAACCAAGUAGUGAUAAAACGUGUUUAACCAAAUCGGUCUCAAAAGAAUCCGUAAAAUCCGAUAAAAGUGAUAAAGAUUCAUCCAAAAUGGAUAAAAUUCUAACUGAAACAACUGAUUCUAUCGUUGAAAAAUAUUUAGGGGAAAAAACUGAUCUAAUUAAAUCUGACUCGACAGAAUCAGUUAAAUCAACGAUAAGUGACAAAGUAGGAAUUACCAAACAUGUUAUAGCUACUGACAAACCAACGAGUGAUAAAACAGUUGUAACUAAAUCUGACUCUAAAGAAUCAAUUAAAUCAAUAAUUAGUGAUAAAGACAAACAUGAAAUUACUACAUUCGAAAAACAUACUGAUAAACCAACGAGUGAUAAGACAAGCUUAUCUAAAUCCGAUUCUUUGGAAUCCGUAAAAUCCGAUAAAAACGAUAAAGAAUUAUCCGCUGUUAUAAAAGACGGUACAAAAAUAGACAAAAUAAUAAGUGAAAAAUCUGAUUCCGUCAUUGGUGAUACUCAAAAACUUUUAGCAACACAAAUCGAAAGUAAGGAAACUGUCUCACAUGAAACAAUAACAGGAAAACAUACGGGGGAUAAAACUGAUUUAAUUAAAUCUGACUCAUUAGAAUCAAUAAUAUCCGAUAAAAGUGAAAAUGAUACAGACAAACCAAGUAGUGAUAAAACGUGUUUAACCAAAUCGGUCUCAAAAGAAUCCGUAAAAUCCGAUAAAAGUGAUAAAGAUUCAUCCAAAAUGGAUAAAAUUCUAACUGAAACAACUGAUUCUAUCGUUGAAAAAUAUUUAGGGGAAAAAACUGAUCUAAUUAAAUCUGACUCGACAGAAUCAGUUAAAUCAACGAUAAGUGACAAAGUAGGAAUUACCAAACAUGUUAUAGCUACUGACAAACCAACGAGUGAUAGAACAGUUGUAACUAAAUCUGACUCUAAUGAAUCAAUUAAAUCAAUAAUUAGUGAUAAAGACAAACAUGAAAUUACUACAUUCGAAAAACAUACUGAUAAACCAACGAGUGAUAAGACAAGCUUAUCUAAAUCCGAUUCUUUGGAAUCCGUAAAAUCCGAUAAAAACGAUAAAGAAUUAUCCGCUGUUAUAAAAGACGGUACAAAAAUAGACAAAAUAAUAGGUGAAAAAUCUGAUUCCGUCAUUUGUGAUACUCAAAAACUUUUAGCAACACAAAUCGAAAGUAAGGAAACUGUCUCACAUGAAACAAUAACAGGAAAACAUACAGGGGAUAAAACUGAUUUAAUUAAAUCUGACUCAUUAGAAUCAAUAAUAUCCGAUAAAAGUGAAAAUGAUACAGACAAACCAAGUAGUGAUAAAACGUGUUUAACCAAAUCGGUCUCAAAAGAAUCCGUAAAAUCCGAUAAAAGUGAUAAAGAUUCAUCCAAAAUGGAUAAAAUUCUAACUGAAACAACUGAUUCUAUCGUUGAAAAAUAUUUAGGGGAAAAAACUGAUCUAAUUAAAUCUGACUCGACAGAAUCAGUUAAAUCAACGAUAAGUGACAAAGUAGGAAUUACCAAACAUGUUAUAGCUACUGACAAACCAACGAGUGAUAAAACAGUUGUAACUAAAUCUGACUCUAAAGAAUCAAUUAAAUCAAUAAUUAGUGAUAAAGACAAACAUGAAAUUACUACAUUCGAAAAACAUACUGAUAAACCAACGAGUGAUAAGACAAGCUUAUCUAAAUCCGAUUCUUUGGAAUCCGUAAAAUCCGAUAAAAACGAUAAAGAAUUAUCCGCUGUUAUAAAAGACGGUACAAAAAUAGACAAAAUAAUAAGUGAAAAAUCUGAUUCCGUCAUUGGUGAUACUCAAAAACUUUUAGCAACACAAAUCGAAAGUAAGGAAACUGUCUCACAUGAAACAAUAACAGGAAAACAUACGGGGGAUAAAACUGAUUUAAUUAAAUCUGACUCAUUAGAAUCAAUAAUAUCCGAUAAAAGUGAAAAUGAUACAGACAAACCAAGUAGUGAUAAAACGUGUUUAACCAAAUCGGUCUCAAAAGAAUCCGUAAAAUCCGAUAAAAGUGAUAAAGAUUCAACCAAAAUGGAUAAAAUUCUAACUGAAACAACUGAUUCUAUCGUUGAAAAACAUUUAGGGGAAAAAACUGAUCUAAUUAAAUCUGACUCGACAGAAUCAGUUAAAUCAACGAUAAGUGACAAAGUAGGAAUUACCAAACAUGUUAUAGCUACUGACAAACCAACGAGUGAUAAAACAGUUGUAACUAAAUCUGACUCUAAAGAAUCAAUUAAAUCAAUUAUAAGUGAUAAAGACAAACAUGAAAUUACUACAUUCGAAAAACAUACUGACAAACCAACGAGUGAUAAAACAGUUGUAACUAAAUCUGACUCUAAUGAAUCAAUUAAAUCAAUAAUUAGUGAUAAAGACAAACAUGAAAUUACUACAUUCGAAAAACAUACUGAUAAACCAACGAGUGAUAAGACAAGCUUAUCUAAAUCCGAUUCUUUGGAAUCCGUAAAAUCCGAUAAAAACGAUAAAGAAUUAUCCGCUGUUAUAAAAGACGGUACAAAAAUAGACAAAAUAAUAAGUGAAAAAUCUGAUUCCGUCAUUGGUGAUACUCAAAAACUUUUAGCAACACAAAUCGAAAGUAAGGAAACUGUCUCACAUGAAACAAUAACAGGAAAACAUACGGGGGAUAAAACUGAUUUAAUUAAAUCUGACUCAUUAGAAUCAAUAAUAUCCGAUAAAAGUGAAAAUGAUACAGACAAACCAAGUAGUGAUAAAACGUGUUUAACCAAAUCGGUCUCAAAAGAAUCCGUAAAAUCCGAUAAAAGUGAUAAAGAUUCAACCAAAAUGGAUAAAAUUCUAACUGAAACAACUGAUUCUAUCGUUGAAAAACAUUUAGGGGAAAAAACUGAUCUAAUUAAAUCUGACUCGACAGAAUCAGUUAAAUCAACGAUAAGUGACAAAGUAGGAAUUACCAAACAUGUUAUAGCUACUGACAAACCAACGAGUGAUAAAACAGUUGUAACUAAAUCUGACUCUAAAGAAUCAAUUAAAUCAAUAAUUAGUGAUAAAGACAAACAUGAAAUUACUACAUUCGAAAAACAUACUGAUAAACCAACGAGUGAUAAGACAAGCUUAUCUAAAUCCGAUUCUUUGGAAUCCGUAAAAUCCGAUAAAAACGAUAAAGAAUUAUCCGCUGUUAUAAAAGACGGUACAAAAAUAGACAAAAUAAUAAGUGAAAAAUCUGAUUCCGUCAUUGGUGAUACUCAAAAACUUUUAGCAACACAAAUCGAAAGUAAGGAAACUGUCUCACAUGAAACAAUAACAGGAAAACAUACGGGGGAUAAAACUGAUUUAAUUAAAUCUGACUCAUUAGAAUCAAUAAUAUCCGAUAAAAGUGAAAAUGAUACAGACAAACCAAGUAGUGAUAAAACGUGUUUAACCAAAUCGGUCUCAAAAGAAUCCGUAAAAUCCGAUAAAAGUGAUAAAGAUUCAACCAAAAUGGAUAAAAUUCUAACUGAAACAACUGAUUCUAUCGUUGAAAAACAUUUAGGGGAAAAAACUGAUCUAAUUAAAUCUGACUCGACAGAAUCAGUUAAAUCAACGAUAAGUGACAAAGUAGAAAUUACCAAACAUGUUAUAGCUACUGACAAACCAACGAGUGAUAAAACAGUUGUAACUAAAUCUGACUCUAAAGAAUCAAUUAAAUCAAUAAUUAGUGAUAAAGACAAACAUGAAAUUACUACAUUCGAAAAACAUACUGAUAAACCAACGAGUGAUAAGACAAGCUUAUCUAAAUCCGAUUCUUUGGAAUCCGUAAAAUCCGAUAAAAACGAUAAAGAAUUAUCCGCUGUUAUAAAAGACGGUACAAAAAUAGACAAAAUAAUAAGUGAAAAAUCUGAUUCCGUCAUUGGUGAUACUCAAAAACUUUUAGCAACACAAAUCGAAAGUAAGGAAACUGUCUCACAUGAAACAAUAACAGGAAAACAUACGGGGGAUAAAACUGAUUUAAUUAAAUCUGACUCAUUAGAAUCAAUAAUAUCCGAUAAAAGUGAAAAUGAUACAGACAAACCAAGUAGUGAUAAAACGUGUAUAACCAAAUCGGUCUCAAAAGAAUCCGUAAAAUCCGAUAAAAGUGAUAAAGAUUCAACCAAAAUGGAUAAAAUUCUAACUGAAACAACUGAUUCUAUCGUUGGUGAUACUAAAAAACUUAUAACAACACUUACCGAAAGUAAGGAAACUGUCACACAUGAAACAAAAACAGAAAAACAUUUAGGGGAAAAAACUGAUCUAAUUAAAUCUGACUCGACAGAAUCAGUUAAAUCAACGAUAAGUGACAAAGUAGGAAUUACCAAACAUGUUAUAGCUACUGACAAACCAACGAGUGAUAAAACAGUUGUAACUAAAUCUGACUCUAAAGAAUCAAUUAAAUCAAUAAUUAGUGAUAAAGACAAACAUGAAAUUACUACAUUCGAAAAACAUACUGAUAAACCAACGAGUGAUAAGACAAGCUUAUCUAAAUCCGAUAUUGUGGAAUCCGUAAAAUCCGAUAAAAACGAUAAAGAAUUAUCCGCUGUUAUAAAAGACGGUACAAAAAUAGACAAAAUAAUAAGUGAAAAAUCUGAUUCCGUCAUUGGUGAUACUCAAAAACUUUUAGCAACACAAAUCGAAAGUAAGGAAACUGUCUCACAUGAAACAAUAACAGGAAAACAUACGGGGGAUAAAACUGAUUUAAUUAAAUCUGACUCAUUAGAAUCAAUAAUAUCCGAUAAAAGUGAAAAUGAUACAGACAAACCAAGUAGGGAUAAAACGUGUUUAACUAAAUCGGUCUCAAAAGAAUCCGUAAAAUCCGAUAAAAGUGAUAAAGAUUCAACCAAAAUGGAUAAAAUUCUAACUGAAACAACUGAUUCUAUCGUUGGUGAUACUAAAAAACUUAUAACAACACAUACCGAAAGUAAGGAAACUGUCACACAUGAAACAAUAACAGAAAAACAUUUAGGGGAAAAAACUGAUCUAAUUAAAUCUGACUCGACAGAAUCAGUUAAAUCAACGAUAAGUGACAAAGUAGGAAUUACUAAACAUGUUCUAGCUACUGACAAACCAACGAGAGAUAAAACGGUUGUAACUAAAUCUGACUCUAAAGAAUCAAUUAAAUCAAUAAUUAGUGAUAAAGACAAACAUGAAAUUACUACAUUCGAAAAACAUACUGAUAAACCAACGAGUGAUAAGACAAGCUUAUCUAAAUCCGAUAUUGUGGAAUCCGUAAAAUCCGAUAAAAACGAUAAAGAAUUAUCCACUGUUUUAAAAGACGGUACAAAAAUAGACAAAAUAAUAAGUGAAAAAUCUGAUUCCGUCAUUGGUGAUACUCAAAAACUAUUAGCAACACAAAUCGAAAGUAAGGAAACUGUCUCACAUGAAACAAUAACAGGAAAACAUACGGGGGAUCAUACUGAUUUAAUUAAAUCUGACUCAUUAGAAUCAAUAAUAUCCGAUAAAAGUGAAAAUGAUACAGACAAACCAAGUAGGGAUAAUACGUGUUUAACUAAAUCGGUCUCAAAAGAAUCCGUAAAAUCCGAUAAAAGUGAUAAAGAUUCAUCCAAAUUGGAGAAAAUUCUAACUGAAACAACUGAUUCCAUCGUUGAAAAACAUUUAGGGGAAAAAACUGAUCUAAUUAAAUCUGACUCGACAGAAUCAGUUAAAUCAACGAUAAGUGACAAAGUAGGAAUUACUAAACAUGUUCUAGCUACUGACAAACCAACGAGAGAUAAAACGGUUGUAACUAAAUCUGACUCUAAAGAAUCAAUUAAAUCAAUAAUUAGUGAUAAAGACAAACAUGAAAUUACUACAUUCGAAAAACAUACUGAUAAACCAACGAGUGAUAAGACAAGCUUAUCUAAAUCCGAUUCUUUGGAAUCCGUAAAAUCCGAUAAAAACGAUAAAGAAUUAUCCGCUGUUAUAAAAGACGGUACAAAAAUAGACAAAAUAAUAAGUGAAAAAUCUGAUUCCGUCAUUGGUGAUACUCAAAAACUUUUAGCAACACAAAUCGAAAGUAAGGAAACUGUCUCACAUGAAACAAUAACAGGAAAACAUACGGGGGAUAAAACUGAUUUAAUUAAAUCUGACUCAUUAGAAUCAAUAAUAUCCGAUAAAAGUGAAAAUGAUACAGACAAACCAAGUAGUGAUAAAACGUGUUUAACCAAAUCGGUCUCAAAAGAAUCCGUAAAAUCCGAUAAAAGUGAUAAAGAUUCAACCAAAAUGGAUAAAAUUCUAACUGAAACAACUGAUUCUAUCGUUGAAAAACAUUUAGGGGAAAAAACUGAUCUAAUUAAAUCUGACUCGACAGAAUCAGUUAAAUCAACGAUAAGUGACAAAGUAGAAAUUACCAAACAUGUUAUAGCUACUGACAAACCAACGAGUGAUAAAACAGUUGUAACUAAAUCUGACUCUAAAGAAUCAAUUAAAUCAAUAAUUAGUGAUAAAGACAAACAUGAAAUUACUACAUUCGAAAAACAUACUGAUAAACCAACGAGUGAUAAGACAAGCUUAUCUAAAUCCGAUUCUUUGGAAUCCGUAAAAUCCGAUAAAAACGAUAAAGAAUUAUCCGCUGUUAUAAAAGACGGUACAAAAAUAGACAAAAUAAUAAGUGAAAAAUCUGAUUCCGUCAUUGGUGAUACUCAAAAACUUUUAGCAACACAAAUCGAAAGUAAGGAAACUGUCUCACAUGAAACAAUAACAGGAAAACAUACGGGGGAUAAAACUGAUUUAAUUAAAUCUGACUCAUUAGAAUCAAUAAUAUCCGAUAAAAGUGAAAAUGAUACAGACAAACCAAGUAGUGAUAAUACGUGUUUAACCAAAUCGGUCUCAAAAGAAUCCGUAAUAUCCGAUAAAAGUGAUAAUGAUUCAUCCAAAAUGGAUAAAAUUCUAACUGAAAGAACUGAUUCCAUCGUUGGUGAUACUAAAAAACUUAUAACAACACAUACCGAAAGUAAGGUAACUGUCACACAUGAAACAAUAACAGAAAAACAUUUAGGGCAAAAAACUGAUCUAAUUAAAUCUGACUCGACAGAAUCAGUUAAAUCAACGAUAAGUGACAAAGAAGGAAUUACCAAACAUGUUAUAGCUACUGACAAACCAACGAGUGAUAAAACGGUUGUAACUAAAUCUGACUCUAAAGAAUCAAUUAAAUCAAUAAUUAGUGAUAAAGACAAACAUGAAAUUACUACAUUCGAAAAACAUGCUGAUAAACCAACGAGUGAUAAGACAAGCUUAUCUAAAUCCGAUUCUUUGGAAUCCGUAAAAUCCGAUAAAAACGAUAAAGAAUUAUCCGCUGUUAUAAAAGACGGUACAAAAAUGGACAAAAUAAUAAGUGAAAAAUCUGAUUCCGUCAUUGGUGAUACUCAAAAACUAUUAGCAACACAAAUCGAAAGUAAGGAUACUGUCUCACAUGAAACAAUAACAGGAAAACAUACGGGGGAUAAAACUAAUUUAAUUAAAUCUGACUCAUUAGAAUCAAUAAUAUCCGAUAAAAGUGAAAAUGAUACAGACAAACCAAGUAGUGAUAAAACGUGUUUAACCAAAUCGGUCUCAAAAGAAUCCGUAAAAUCCGAUAAAAGUGAUAAAGAUUCAUCCAAAAUGGAUAAAAUUCUAACUGAAACAACUGAUUCCAUCGUUGGUGAUACUAAAAAACUUAUAACAACACAUACCGAAAGUAAGGAAACUGUCACACAUGAAACAAUAACAGAAAAACAUUUAGGGGAAAAAACUGAUCUAAUUAAAUCUGACUCGACAGAAUCAGUUAAAUCAACGAUAAGUGACAAAGUAGGAAUUACUAAACAUGUUCUAGAUACUGACAAACCAACGAGUGAUAAAACGGUUGUAACUAAAUCUGACUCUAAAGAAUCAAUUAAAUCAAUAAUUAGUGAUAAAGACAAACAUGAAAUUACUACAUUCGAAAAACAUACUGAUAAACCAACGAGUGAUAAGACAAGCUUAUCUAAAUCCGAUAUUGUGGAAUCCGUAAAAUCCGAUAAAAACGAUAAAGAAUUAUCCGCAGUUAUAAAAGACGGUACAAAAAUAGACAAAAUAAUAAGUGAAAAAUCUGAUUCCGUCAUUGGUGAUACUCAAAAACUAUUAGCAACACAAAUCGAAAGUAAGGAAACUGUCUCACAUGAAACAAUAACAGGAAAACAUACGGGGGAUCAUACUGAUUUAAUUAAAUCUGACUCAUUAGAAUCAAUAAUAUCCGAUAAAAGUGAAAAUGAUACAGACAAACCAAGUAGGGAUAAUACGUGUUUAACUAAAUCGGUCUCAAAAGAAUCCGUAAAAUCCGAUAAAAGUGAUAAAGAUUCAUCCAAAUUGGAGAAAAUUCUAACUGAAACAACUGAUUCCAUCGUUGGUGAUACUAAAAAACUUAUAACAACACAUACCGAAAGUAAGGAAACUGUCACACAUGAAACAAAAACAGAAAAACAUUUAGGGGAAAAAACUGAUCUAAUUAAAUCUGACUCGACAGAAUCAGUUAAAUCAACGAUAAGUGACAAAGUAGGAAUUACUAAACAUGUUCUAGCUACUGACAAACCAACGAGAGAUAAAACGGUUGUAACUAAAUCUGACUCUAAAGAAUCAAUUAAAUCAAUAAUUAGUGAUAAAGACAAACAUGAAAUUACUACAUUCGAAAAACAUACUGAUAAACCAACGAGUGAUAAGACAAGCUUAUCUAAAUCCGAUAUUGUGGAAUCCGUAAAAUCCGAUAAAAACGAUAAAGAAUUAUCCGCUGUUAUAAAAGACGGUACAAAAAUGGACAAAAUAAUAAGUGAAAAAUCUGUUUCCGUCAUUGGUGAUACUCAAAAACUAUUAGCAACACAAAUCGAAAGUAAGGAAACUGUCUCACAUGAAACAAUAACAGGAAAACAUACGGGGGAUAAUACUGAUUUAAUUAAAUCUGACUCAUUAGAAUCAAUAAUAUCCGAUAAAAGUGAAAAUGAUACAGACAAACCAAGUAGUGAUAAAACGUGUUUAACCAAAUCGGUCUCAAAAGAAUCCGUAAAAUCCGAUAAAAGUGAUAAAGAUUCAUCCAAAAUGGAGAAAAUUCUAACUGAAACAACUGAUUCCAUCGUUGGUGAUACUAAAAAACUUAUAACAACACAUACCGAAAGUAAGGAAACUGUCACACAUGAAACAAAAACAGAAAAACAUUUAGGGGAAAAAACUGAUCUAAUUAAAUCUGACUCGACAGAAUCAGUUAAAUCAACAAUAAGUGACAAAGUAGGAAUUACCAAACAUGUUAUAGCUACUGACAAACCAACGAGUGAUAAAACAGUUGUAACUAAAUCUGACUCGAAAGAAUCAAUUAAAUCAAUUAUUAGUGAUAAAGACAAACAUGAAAUUACUACAUUCGAAAAACAUACUGAUAAACCAAUGAGUGAUAAGACAAGCUUAUCUAAAUCCGAUAUUGUGGAAUCCGUAAAAUCCGAUAAAAACGAUAAAGAAUUAUCCGCUGUUAUAAAAGACGGUACAAAAAUAGACAAAAUAAUAAGUGAAAAAUCUGAUUCCGUCAUUGGUGAUACUCAAAAACUAUUAGCAACACAAAUCGAAAGUAAGGAAACUGUCUCACAUGAAACAAUAACAGGAAAACAUACGGGGGAUAAAACUGAUUUAAUUAAAUCUGACUCAUUAGAAUCAAUAAUAUCCGAUAAAAGUGAAAAUGAUACAGACAAACCAAGUAGGGAUAAAACGUGUUUAACCAAAUCGGUCUCAAAAGAAUCCGUAAAAUCCGAUAAAAGUGAUAAAGAUUCAUCCAAAAUGGAUAAAAUUCUAACUGAAACAACUGAUUCCAUCGUUGGUGAUACUAAAAUACUUAUAACAACACAUACCGAAAGUAAGGAAACUGUCACACAUGAAACAAUAACAGAAAAACAUUUAGGGGAAAAAACUGAUCUAAUUAAAUCUGACUCGACAGAAUCAGUUAAAUCAACGAUAAGUGACAAAGAAGGAAUUACCAAACAUGUUAUAGCUACUGACAAACCAACGAGUGAUAAAACGGUUGUAACUAAAUUUGACUCUAAAGAAUCAAUUAAAUCAAUAAUUAGUGAUAAAGACAAACAUGAAAUUACUACAUUCGAAAAACAUACUGAUAAACCAACGAGUGAUAAGACUAGCUUAUCUAAAUCCGAUAUUGUGGAAUCCGUAAAAUCCGAUAAAAACGAUAAAGAAUUAUCCGCUGUUAUAAAAGACGGUACAAAAAUAGACAAAAUAAUAAGUGAAAAAUCUGAUUCCGUCAUUGGUGAUACUCAAAAACUAUUAGCAACACAAAUUGAAAGUAAGGAAACUGUCUCACAUGAAACAAUAACAGGAAAACAUACGGGGGAUAAAACUGAUUUAAUUAAAUCUGACUCAUUAGAAUCAAUAAUAUCCGAUAAAAGUGAAAAUGAUACAGACAAACCAAGUAGUGAUAAAACGUGUUUAACCAAAUCGGUCUCAAAAGAAUCCGUAAAAUCCGAUAAAAGUGACAAUGAUUCAUCCAAAAUGGAUAAAAUUCUAACUGAAACAACUGAUUCCAUCGUUGGUGAUACUAAAAAACUUAUAACAACACAUACCGAAAGUAAGGAAACUGUCACACAUGAAACAAUAACAGAAAAACAUUUAGGGGAAAAAACUGAUCUAAUUAAAUCUGACUCGACAGAAUCAGUUAAAUCAACGAUAAGUGACAAAGAAGGAAUUACCAAACAUGUCUUAGCUACUGACAAACCAACGAGUGAUAAAACGGUUGUAACUAAAUCUGACUCUAAAGAAUCAAUUAAAUCAAUAAUUAGUGAUAAAGACAAACAUGAAAUUACUACAUUCGAAAAACAUACUGAUAAACCAAUGAGUGAUAAGACAAGCUUAUCUAAAUCCGAUAUUGUGGAAUCCGUAAAAUCCGAUAAAAACGAUAAAGAAUUAUCCGCUGUUAUAAAAGACGGUACAAAAAUAGACAAAAUAAUAAGUGAAAAAUCUGAUUCCGUCAUUGGUGAUACUCAAAAACUAUUAGCAACACAAAUCGAAAGUAAGGAAACUGUCUCACAUGAAACAAUAACAGGAAAACAUACGGGGGAUAAAACUGAUUUAAUUAAAUCUGACUCAUUAGAAUCAAUAAUAUCCGAUAAAAGUGAAAAUGAUACAGACAAACCAAGUAGUGAUAAAACGUGUUUAACCAAAUCGGUCUCAAAAGAAUCCGUAAAAUCCGAUAAAAGUGACAAUGAUUCAUCCAAAAUGGAUAAAAUUCUAACUGAAACAACUGAUUCCAUCGUUGGUGAUACUAAAAAACUUAUAACAACACAUACCGAAAGUAAGGAAACUGUCACACAUGAAACAAUAACAGAAAAACAUUUAGGGGAAAAAACUGAUCUAAUUAAAUCUGACUUGACAGAAUCAGUUAAAUCAACGAUAAGUGACAAAGAAGGAAUUACCAAACAUGUCUUAGCUACUGACAAACCAACGAGUGAUAAAACGGUUGUAACUAAAUCUGACUCUAAAGAAUCAAUUAAAUCAAUAAUUAGUGAUAAAGACAAACAUGAAAUUACUACAUUCGAAAAACAUACUGAUAAACCAAUGAGUGAUAAGACAAGCUUAUCUAAAUCCGAUAUUGUGGAAUCCGUAAAAUCCGAUAAAAACGAUAAAGAAUUAUCCGCUGUUAUAAAAGACGGUACAAAAAUAGACAAAAUAAUAAGUGAAAAAUCUGAUUCCGUCAUUGGUGAUACUCAAAAACUAUUAGCAACACAAAUCGAAAGUAAGGAAACUGUCUCACAUGAAACAAUAACAGGAAAACAUACGGGGGAUAAAACUGAUUUAAUUAAAUCUGACUCAUUAGAAUCAAUAAUAUCCGAUAAAAGUGAAAAUGAUACAGACAAACCAAGUAGUGAUAAAACGUGUUUAACCAAAUCGGUCUCAAAAGAAUCCAUAAAAUCCGAUAAAAGUGAUAAAGAUUCAUCCAAAAUGGAUAAAAUUCUAACUGAAACAACUGAUUCCAUCGUUGAAAAACAUUUAGGGGAAAAAACUGAUCUAAUUAAAUCUGACUCGACAGAAUCAGUUAAAUCAACGAUAAGUGACAAAGUAGGAAUUACCAAACAUGUUAUAGCUACUGGCAAACCAACGAGUGAUAAAACAGUUGUAACUAAAUCUGACUCUAAAGAAUCAAUUAAAUCAAUUAUUAGUGAUAAAGACAAACAUGAAAUUACUACAUUCGAAACACAUACUGAUAAACCAACGAGUGAUAAGACAAGCUUAUCUAAAUCCGAUUCUUUGGAAUCCGUAAAAUCCGAUAAAAACGAUAAAGAAUUAUCCGCUGUUAUAAAAGACGGUACAAAAAUAGACAAAAUAAUAAGUGAAAAAUCUGAUUCCGUCAUUGGUGAUACUCAAAAACUAUUAGCAACACAAAUUGAAAGUAAGGAAACUGUCUCACAUGAAACAAUAACAGGAAAACAUACGGGGGAUAAAACUGAUUUAAUUAAAUCUGACUCAUUAGAAUCAAUAAUAUCCGAUAAAAGUGAAAAUGAUACAGACAAACCAAGUAGUGAUAAAACGUGUUUAACCAAAUCGGUCUCAAAAGAAUCCGUAAAAUCCGAUAAAAGUGAUAAAGAUUCAUCCAAAAUGGAUAAAAUUCUAACUGAAACAACUGAUUCCAUCGUUGAAAAACAUUUAGGGGAAAAAACUGAUCUAAUUAAAUCUGACUCGACAGAAUCAGUUAAAUCAACGAUAAGUGACAAAGAAGGAAUUACCAAACAUGUUAUAGCUACUGGCAAACCAACGAGUGAUAAAACAGUUGUAACUAAAUCUGACUCUAAAGAAUCAAUUAAAUCAAUUAUUAGUGAUAAAGACAAACAUGAAAUUACUACGUUCGAAAAACAUACUGAUAAACCAACGAGUGAUAAGACAAGCUUAUCUAAAUCCGAUUCUUUGGAAUCCGUAAAAUCCGAUAAAAACGAUAAAGAAUUAUCCGCUGUUAUAAAAGACGGUACAAAAAUAGACAAAAUAAUAAGUGAAAAAUCUGAUUCCGUCAUUGGUGAUACUCAAAAACUAUUAGCAACACAAAUUGAAAAUACUGACAAACCUUCUAGUGAUAAAACGAGUUUAACUAAAUCGGUUUCAAAAGAAUCCGUAAAAUCCGAUGUUGUUUUUGAUACUAUUUCAGAAAUAACAAACGCAUCAGUUCAUAUUUUGACUGAUAACAAUGUUUAUGUUUCAACUCAUAUACAUACUAAUCAGAAUGAGGAUACUUCUGUUGUAAUUAAUGAUGAAAUUAGUUGUCCUGGGUCAAAUCGUUUUGAUAAUUUGGAAAUUGAUACUUUAACGUCAAUUGGUAGUUAUAAAUCUUCAAAUGAAUUUAAAGAUUCUUCUAUUGAAAAGUCUAAUUUUGAAUUAAGUGAAAGUUUGUGUGAAUUUAUGAAUGUGACAUCUACAACUUUAGGUCAUUUUGAAUUUGAUCACAGUUUGAACGAAUCUGAGGAUGUCGAUAAUACAUCAAAUUGUGAGAAUGUUAGUUUAGUGCAAGAUACUAGUUUUGAUAACAUUGAAUUAAGUAAACAAGGUAUUGAAAAUAGUUUAAAAUAUCAUAAAUUGAAAAAUAUUGAUAUUCGUGAGAAUUUCUCCAUGGGUACCAAAUCUAAAACUGAUCAUGGUGCGCCUCCAAAUAAUUCAAAUAACGUGUCUAAUAAAUUUGAAGUUAUUUCAAGUAGUUCAAAUGAAGAGAAUGUAAGUAAAAAAUCGUAUGGAAUUAGAAGAACAGAUAUCACAAAAUCAGGGUUCAGUUCUUUGAAGAAAACAAAAGAUUUAGGUAGUUUUAAUAAUGUAUUUAUGAAGAAAGAUACCAAAUCAAAUGAAAUUAUUAAACCUGAAACUAUUGGUGUUACACGCAGUUCUUCUUUACGCUCAAAUACAUCUACAAUAUCUAAAUCAUAUACGUCAUCUAAUAAAUCUAAAGUUAUGAGAUCUGAAAGUACAAAGAUUGUUCGUUCCUCUUUUGAAUCCAAAUCAUCAAUGCAAAAUAUUAGUGCAACGAGUCAAAGUAGAAGUGUCAGCACUAAAUCCAAUUCAACCAGGUCAUCAAAUAGCUUAAGAACAAAGGCUGAUACAGAAUUGAAAGAUUUCAGAUCAUUGAACUCAACCAAAAACAUUACACGAAAUCUCGUAUCAUCUUCUGCAUCUGAAUUUCAAACCACAAAUAACCGUGAACACAAAUCUUCAACUCUCAUUUCUAAAACCAAUUCUUUAAAUCAGUCUCUUACAAAAAAAUCAAUUAAUGUCCGUCAAGAAUUUAAUACUGAAAGUAAAAACAACCAAACAUUACGCGAAAAUAUAACUUCAGUAAAGGUUGAUACUUUAGCUAAAAUAUCAAAUGAAUCAUCAACUAAAUCAAUUACUACGAUGAAUAAAAAAAACUUUUCAAAAAUUGAACAUAUUUCAAGUACUAAACUGGUAGAUUCAAAACUUUCAUCAAGUAAUAUUUCAACAAAAAAUAUACAUCCACUUGAAUCACAAGAUAAAAAUACCAAGCUAUCGGUAGCAAAUAGAACAUUAAUUAAAAAAUUGAAAAAACCAGAAAUAGAAAAAUACCGUAAGACAACUGUAAAUGAAAAAUUAAAAAAUAAACAAGUUGUAGAAGUACCCGAAACAUUUUCCAAAUCUAAAAUUAAAAGUUAUAUGGCAUCUACUGAAUCCCGUAAUAGAAAAGUUGAAAAUAUUUCUCAUGCUCACAGUAAAACAUCUGAUGUUUCAACUAAAUACCAACGUAUAAUAUCAGAUAAACAAAAAAAAAUUCCCACGUCCCCAUCAAGAAUACCUAUUAAAGACAACUCAAGGAAAACACCAAUUAAAAAGAAUUUAUCACUUUUGGAUACACGAUCUUCAUCUGUUUCGGACCCAAGAGUAUUAAGUGCACCAUCACAAAGAAGUGGUUUUGACUUUAUGUCUUCGCCUAGAAAAAUAAGUCCAACAUCAUUACCAGUAAGUCCGGCUCACAAAUGUUUAAAGGCUGAUAAAAAAAUCAGUUCAGUGUUAAUUACAUCAGAAGUCUUCUCAAGAUCCUCAGAUCGUGCAUCAUCUGUAGAAUUAGUAUAUGAGCAACCAAAACGUUCUCCUUGUUCAUCAAUGUCCGAACAACAGCCUGCUUCUGUAACAGAAUCAGUAUCAUUAGAUGAUGAGGAAACUACUCAUUCUUCAACCUCAGACACCAACCGAGAUUCCGAGAACCAAGAACUUAGACGGAAUUGCAUCAUCUCGGCUGUAAGUUAUCGUCUAUUAAGGAAAGUCAAAUUGCACGCCACUUAA